UCAAUCAAAGUGUUAGCCACGUCCCCUUUUUGGACAUCAAACACAGAGGAAACUGCAACAGGGGCUAAACAUAGGGGGGAAAGUGUUGCAAGUCGUUUUUACAAUAUCGGUGGUUUAAUCGCCUUUUUUAAUCGUAAAUUUUAAAGAAUACCGUUUUUUCCUGCUUCUCGACAACUUUUUUCCCAGUUUGGUGCGGCCGUGUGGGGAUGGAUGGGAUGCGGCCUAGCAGCGGAGCAGCAGCGCACCUCGGCCUCGCCUCGAUCUUUCCCCCGGGAUUGCAGGCCAUUUAUGGGGAAUGCAGGCGUCUGUAUCCCGAUCAGGCGAACCCGCUGCAAGUCACAGCCAUUGUGAAGUAUUGGUUAGGGGGUCCAGAUCCUUUGGACUACAUUAGUAUGUACAGAAACUUGGGAUGUCCUGGACAAGACGUACCUGAACACUGGCACUAUGUCAGCCUGGGUCUAAGUGACUUGUAUGGGGACAACAGAGUUCAUGAAUUCACAGGUCAAGAGGGCCCAAGUGGUUUUGGUUUUGAGCUCACAUUUCGGCUGAAGAGAGAAACAGGAGAGACGGCACCCCCUACCUGGCCAGCUGAGCUCAUGCAAGGCUUGGCUCGUUACGUGUUUCAAUCAGUAUACAGUCCUCUCAGACGAAUCGUUUGCUCUGCAACAGAAAACACAUUCUGUAGUGGCGAUCACAUUUCGUGGCACAGUCCGUUGGACAACAGCGAGUCUAGAAUCCAGCAUAUGCUACUAACGGAGGACCCUCAGAUGCAGCCGGUGCAGACCCCCUUUGGUCACGUCAGCUUCCUUCAGAUUGUGGGUGUUUGCACAGAGGAGCUGCAGGCAGCGCAGCAGUGGAACGGUCAAGGCAUUCUGGACCUGCUGAGAGGAGUGCACAUUGCUGGGGGUCCAUGGUUAAUCACUGACAUGAGAAGAGGGGAAACUAUAUUUGACAUUGAUCCACACUUGCAAGAACGAGUGGAUAAGGGCAUAGAGACGGACGGCUCUAACCUGAGUGGGGUCAGUGCCAAGUGCGCCUGGGAUGACUUGAGCCGACCUCCUGAGGAUGAGGACGACAGCAGGAGCAUUUGCAUUGGGUCACAGCCACGCAGGCUGUCCGACAAAGACACUGAACAGAUUAGAGAAGCCCUGAGGAAAGGACUGGAGAUUAACAGCAAGUCUGUCCUGCCUCCCAUCAGCAGUCAGAGGCACAGUCACGACCGGCCACAACAAUCAGUUGGACAUUUCCAGACCCAGCAGAUAUCAAGGAGCCGUAAGGACAGUCUAGAGAGCGAGAGCUCGGCUGCUAUUGUCCCUCAUGAGUUGGUGCGAACACGACAGCUGGAAAGCGUGCAUCUGAAGUUCAACCAGGAGUCUGGGACUCUUCUCCCACUGUGCCUCAGAGGUCGUCUGCUUCAUGGCCGACAUUUCACAUAUAAAAGCAUUAAUGGAGACACGGCAAUCACCUUCGUAUCCACUGGGGUAGAAGGGGCCUUUGCCACAGAAGAGCAUCCAUAUGCUGCUCAUGGACCGUGGUUACAGAUACUACUUACUGAGGAGUUUGUAGAGCAGAUGCUAGCUGACGUUCAGGAUUUGAGCACCCGUGAAGUGUCUAAGCUGCCGAAGGAGUACAGCUGGCCCGAUAAGAAGCUAAAGAUCUCUGUCCUGCCAGACACAGUGUUUGACAGCCCACUGCAAUAAGACUGGGAGCACACUGUCCCUGAUUACAAACCCACAUCUACAGAAAGGAGCUCAACUCUUUGUGCCUACAGACAGCUGAAGGAAACAGACAUUCAGACACUUCCCCUUUUCCCAGAGAGCAUCGUAGAUGAUUGCACAUGACACAUUUCUUUUACAUGUACAACAUUUUGUGUUUUCCGUUAUACCACUUGUGUUUGCAUCGGUCUACCUAUUCACUCUUAAGGAAAAAUUGUUGAUUGUUUUUCUGGUCUGUUUCAAAAAACACAUUUCUUGUUGAACGUUUAGCAGCACGAGACAAUGUGCAAGCACUGGUGCCUUUUUCACCUUAGAAUGGACUGAAGUUACAUUUUAAAAGAAAAUUUGCUUUUCUAAAUCCUGCUUGUAAUGUGAAGGAAAGCAUGUUUUUAAGCAUGUUUAUAAAAAAAAAAAAUCUGGUUUGCAUAUAUAAAAUACAGCUGUGCCUAUUUAAGGUUGAUGAUAUUUCAUAAGGUCUUCAUUUAGUUGUCAAACAAUAGGUGGUUAGUCAGUUCACCUUCACAAUACCAAAGCCUGUACAGAAUGGAUGUUUUCUAAACCUCAUGUCAAAUGUUAAGUUGAGAAGCAUGAAAUAGUUCCCUGAUCUUUCUUUUGUUUAUUUUUGUUAACUAUUUUACUUGUAUUGAAGUUCAUUUCAUUUGACUUUAUGAUUGCAUUCCAAGCCUCUUUAUAGGGAAGCAAACUAACUGGUUCCUGGACGGCAGUCUAUUUUCUAGAAUGUGCAUUUGUUAUUUUUGGGAUGUGUGCUCAAUAAUAUAGGUCAAAGUUUAAAAAAAGAACCUCUAUUAGUGCUUUUGAAAAGAUGAAUUUAAUUAGUGUACUGGCGUUUUUUUUUAUAUUCUGGAGAAUCACUACACUGCCUGUGGUUUUGUUACCCUUAAGUGCAUUAAAGUUAUUUACAUAAAUCGGGAUGUUUGUGUUGAU